AUGUUUAAAUGGGUCAUACUUCUCAGUUUAUCACUUCUGUCAUCUUUAUCAUUUGCAUCUGCUGAUGAGGACUUUGUGACCUGUUUCAGCGUUCUUAAAUUUAUAAAUGUCAAUGAUGGGUCAAGAUUACACUCUCACGACGUUAAAUAUGGCAGCGGAUCUGGUCAGCAGUCAGUGACUGCCGUCAAAAAUUCAGACGAUAUCAAUUCUCAUUGGCAGAUCUUUCCAGCUUUGAACGCGGAAUGUGGCCGAGGAGAUGUGAUCAAAUGCGGAGACAAGAUACGCCUGAAGCACCUCACCACAGGAACUUUUCUUCACUCCCACCAUUUCACCGCGCCACUGUCAAAGCAACACCAGGAAGUGUCUGCCUUCGGAAGCGAAGCAGAAAGCGACACUGGAGACGAUUGGACGGUCAUUUGCAACGGAGAUGAGUGGUUGGAAUCUGAGCAAUUCAAACUUCGACAUGUGGUGACCGGCUCGUACCUAUCAUUAUCUGGGCAACAGUUCGGACGUCCAAUACAUGGACAGCGGGAAGUCGUUGGAACCGAUUCUAUUACAGGAGGAAGCGCGUGGAAAGUUGCUGAAGGAAUUUACAUUAAGCAUCAGCAAAAAGAUCUGUGA